GUUUCGUCUCUCUUUUUCUCUCUUUUUCUCUCUCUCUCUCUCUCCUCUCCUCCUCUCCUCCUUCACCCCAGUCAUUCGUUACCUGUCAUACUGACCAUAGUCCUUCUUUCUCGCCUUCGGGCAAUAACAUCAGCUGUUAUCAGCUAUCGGUCAUAUUCGAUCUGAUCUGUCUGUCUAUAUAUCCUAUUCCAUACUUCCUAUCUGUAUAUACCCACCAGACCGACGCCAUCAUGAAGUCCAGUAGCGCUGCGGCGGCCUUGCUCGUCAUCGCGACCGUCGAGGCAGCCAAGCAUGCCCACGGCCACGGUCACGACCACAGCCACCGCUCCGUGGCGGACGCCCCCGCGGCCAAACGGGGCAGCAGCUGCCAGUUUCCCUCCGGGGCUGGCCUGGUGGCCGUCACGCCCAACGAGCUGAACGGCGGCUGGGCCAUGAGCCCGGACCAGGAGUGCCAGCCGGGCGGAUACUGCCCGUAUGCGUGCCCGGCGGGGCAGGUGUCGAUGCAGUGGGAUCCCGAGGCCACCUCGUACACCUAUCCGUUGUCGAUGAAUGGAGGCCUGUACUGCGAUGAGAACGGCGACAUGCAGAAGCCCUUCCCGGACAGGCCGUACUGCGAGGAUGGCACCGGCGUGGUCAGCGCGAAGAACAAGUGCUCCGAGCAGGUCUCGUUCUGCCAGACCGUGCUGCCCGGGAACGAGGCCAUGCUGAUCCCGACUCUGGUCGACGAGCUGGUCACCCUGGCUGUGCCUGGCACGAGCUACUGGUGUGAGACGGCGGCACACUUCUAUAUCAACCCGCCUGGUUACAGCACGGAGACCGCCUGUGUUUGGGGCACCCUGGAGAACCCGUUCGGCAACUGGUCGCCGUACGUCGCCGGCGCCAAUACCGAUAGCACCGGCAACACGUUCGUCAAGAUCGGUUGGAACCCGAUCUACCUGGAGCUGACGACGCCGUUCCGCGAUGUUAUUCCCGACUUUGGUAUCGAGAUCGAGUGCGAGGGCAGCGGCUGCAACGGGCUGCCGUGCAGUAUUGACCCGGCUGUGAAUGGGGUGAAUGAGAUGACGGGCUCCAGCACGGACGGGGCGGGCGGUGCGGCUUUUUGUGUGGUGACGGUGCCCAAGGGAGGGAAGGCCAACAUUGUGGUCUUCGACAAGGGGGGGAGCAGCGGCGGCAGCAGCAGCAGCAGCAGUGUCGGCAGCGUCGUCAGCAGUAUCUCGACCAGCGUUCCCACCACGAGCAGCGUUGCUCCCAGCUCGACCAGCAGCAGCAGCAUCAGCACCAGUACUAGCACUACCAGCACCAGCAUUAGCACCACCAGCACUACCCCGACCCCGACCAGCACCAGUACGACUGCCAGUUCCAGCUCCAGCUCCAGCUCCAGCUCCAGCAUCUCCAUCAGCACCAGCUCCGUCAUCGUCCGACCAACCCCAAGCUGGACACCAUCCAGCUGGAAGCCCAUGUCGACGAGCGCCGCGCUGAACCGCACGUCGGCCAGCUAUGUGUACAAGGGCCAUGCGCUGGUGGAGACCGGCGCGUCUCAACAAAUGAAUUGA